AUGAAAGAUAUUCAUUCAUUGUUCUUGCGCAUGACGCAUGAUGUUGGGUUCAAGAACACGGGAUUGGAAAGGGCAGAGAAGUUGCGCAUGGAUUUAGAGUGGUUCAAGGAACAAGGUUACGAGAUUCCAGAGCCAAUGGCUCCUGGUAUAACAUAUUCUCAGUAUUUAAAGGAUAUAGCAAAUAAGGAUCCUCUAGCAUUCGUUUGUCACUUCUACAACAUCUACUUUGCACAGAGCGCUGGGGGUCGAAUGAUUGGGACAAAGAUAUCUGAGAGGAUACUCAACAAUAAAGAACUCGAGUUCUACAAAUGGGACGGCCAGCUUUCUGAACUGUUGCAGAACGUGAGAGAAAGAUUGAACAAAGUUGCUGAGUUAUGGACGAGAGAAGAGAAGAAUCAUUGUUUGGAAGAGACAGCGAAAUUGUUCAAGUUUUCUGGGGAGAUUCUUCGUCUCUUAUUAUCCUGA